CGGCAGGAGCUCGGCUGCCGCGGAAAGGCGCCCUGGCCCCGCCGGGCCUGCCUUCACCUGCCUGCGGCGCCCGGACUUGGCCUCUCUCAGGUGGUGAGAGGGAAGAGGCCAAGUGACCUGCUGGAUGCCUUCUACCAGAGCUGAGAUCAGCUGAAUUGGGAAACUCCCGUUAUAAGAUGAGGAGGUGCUUGUGCCUUACCCUGGGUUCCACUGCUGACAAGUGACAGCUGUGGAAAACACUUAGUACGGCACCUUUGUUUAAAAUCUUCUCCAGGUAGAAAUUGUUGCUAUGUGCCAGGUUUGCAUGAUGGGCAUUUAAUUUCUUAAUCGGCAAUAAGAGAAAUUCUUUGGCUUUACUUUCAAAACAAUGUCAUAAUGCCGAUCAGAUCAUCAGUUUCUGGAAUGUCAGGGUAUGGAAAUGUAUAGGAUUUGGUAACAAAAACCCCCAUGAGUUUCUCUUCAGAAUCAGACAGAAAAUCUUUUCAACCUUACUAAGGAAUGUCUGCCAGUUUUGAAUUGAAAUAAAAGGACAAGUAAUUUGAAAGUAGUCAGCUUCUGCCAAAACCAAACGUUUGUUUUUCAUUUGAAGAAAAGAAUGCCAGUGAAAGCAAGCAAUUCUGUAAAGGAAUAAUUCUGCACAGAUUUUGUAGUAGCUGCUUUGGUGAGGUUGUCUUUAACAUUAAAUCCUAUCUUUCUUUAAACAGAGGCCGUGUCAUAUCAGUAAGAGAGCUAUACUAAAAGAUUUUAGUUCAGUUGAACGUCACGUUGUAAGAGUUGGACUGUUUUAACAGCAGAAAAUGAUGCGAUGUUGAAUUUGAAAUUGUUUGCUAGCAAAACUGAAAAGUUCUUGAAAUCAUACUCUAGGACUCUGGCUAAUCUUUUCAAAAUUAUCUUGGUUUCUAUCCUAAACAGAAUUCAAACUACUGAACUUACCUAAUGCCAAACCACCUUUUUCAUACCAGGAGGGGUCUAAGAAUGGCUCUCAAGGGAAAAAUUAGCUCCUGGGAGAAAACUUGGAAGUUACUGUCUUCUACUUGUUGGAAAGCAAAACUGAGGAUCUCGGAAUAUUUUGCAAGUUGGGAUGAAAGACAGCAACCACAAUCCCUAAUCUCAUCUCAGAGCUGCCAGAGGAGAACUGUAGAAACCACCUGGACCGCUGCAAAGUCUGGCCACAGGGAUGGGCAAGAUGCAUUCCCAUGGUUUGGAAUGGAUAUCGGUGGAACGUUGGUUAAACUGGUCUACUUUGAACCUAAGGACAUUACUGCAGAGGAGGAACAGGAGGAGGUGGAAAACCUGAAAAGCAUUAGGAAAUACUUGACCUCCAAUACAGCCUAUGGUAAAACUGGCAUUCGCGAUGUCCACCUCGAACUGAAAAAUUUGACUAUGUGUGGACGCAAAGGCAACCUGCACUUCAUCCGCUUUCCCAGCUGUGCCAUGCACAGGUUCAUACAGAUGGGUAGUGAAAAGAACUUCUCCAGUUUGCACACUACGCUCUGUGCCACGGGAGGUGGAGCUUACAAGUUUGAGGAAGACUUUAGAACGAUGGCUGAUCUACAGCUCUGUAAACUGGAUGAAUUGGACUGUUUGAUCCAGGGCCUCCUUUAUGUUGAUUCUGUUGGUUUCAAUGGCCAACCAGAGUGCUAUUAUUUUGAAAAUCCUACAGAUCCUGAACAGUGCCAGAAAAAGCCUUACUGCCUUGAUAAUCCAUAUCCUAUGCUGCUGGUUAACAUCGGCUCAGGGGUCAGCAUCCUAGCUGUGUAUUCUAAGGACAAUUAUAAAAGAGUUACAGGAUCCAGCCUUGGAGGAGGAACGUUCCUUGGCCUGUGCUGUUUGCUCACUGGCUGUGAGACAUUUGAAGAAGCGCUGGAAAUGGCUGCAAAAGGAGACAGCACCAAUGUGGAUAAGCUGGUGAAAGAUAUUUAUGGAGGAGACUAUGAGCGCUUUGGCCUUCAAGGAUCUGCUGUAGCGUCAAGCUUUGGUCAUAUGAUGAGUAAAGAAAAGAGAGAUUCCAUCAGUAAAGAGGACUUGGCCAGAGCUACUUUGGUCACCAUCACCAACAACAUAGGUUCUAUUGCUCGCAUGUGUGCAUUGAAUGAGAACAUCGACAAGGUGGUGUUUGUUGGCAACUUUCUCAGAAUUAAUAUGAUUUCUAUGAAGGUGCUAGCAUAUGCUAUGGAUUAUUGGUCCAAGGGACAGCUAAAAGCUCUGUUUUUGGAACAUGAGGGUUAUUUUGGAGCUGUUGGGGCUCUUCUAGAAAUGCUUAAAAUGACAGAUGAUCAGUGAUGAAGCUGUCUGAAGAGAUUCCUACUGCAGAUGCUGCUGGAUAAGAGUGAAAGCCACUACAAGGAUGGAAAUGAAGCCAUUACGGUAGUUCUACCUGCUGGAUUUGUAAAUAAUUUAAAAUCCUUUUAGCUGAUCUUUAAUUUCUGGGGUUUGACCUUAUACUUCAGAAUUCAUACUGGGAAUUACGAGAUUUUUUUUCUGUACACUGUAUUUUUUAGGGGAAAAAUGUGCAAAGUGGCCAAACAUACAAAUUUUAUGAAUUUAUUUUAAAAAAUUGAUACUGUUUAAUGUUGGACCUGUGAUAUGAGGCAUCUGCUUUUCUUCUGGGGUUUACUGAUUAGUGUAGUAAUUUUAAUUUCAUUUAGUAAUCACUCUAGGAGAUUUUUUAAUCUUAUUUUCAUGACGUUUCAUGAUUUGUUCUUGGUUUCAAAUGAAACUACAAAGCUGAUGCAUUUUACUGUGAAAACUAGUCAUUUAUUUUUUUGCCUUUUCUUUCCUCAUGAGAUGAGACACUUUUUUAUUUAACAUCUGUCUGCCCCCCCCAAAAAAAUAAAUUUGCAAAUCAUUCUGUGGCUAAAUGAGUUUCUUCAAAGGACUGUGAGGAAGCUUGGUAAUAGCAGGGGGUUUAAGACUGUGAUUUUUCAGUAGUCAUAAAUUGCAACAGGAAGAGACUGCCAGCUGGUUUUGCAGGACUGAUUCUUCUCUAUAAUAAAAAUUUUAAACAAGAUGUGAACUAAAGUUUUAAUUAUUCAACUGACACUAAAAUGAAAAUCUGUUUCUGAUGAAAACAUCUGAUCAACAUGAAGAGUUCUGUAGUAAAGAUGUUAUUCACACUUGGUAUUAGAUGAGAAAGGGAGAUUGUUUUCACUUAUUUUUCUGUAAUCUGCGAGUUUUAACUUGUUCAUAAUUGAAAACAACUGAUAACAGCAUUAUUAAAAGCCCAAUUACUAAAAUUAGAAAUAUACUGACUAAAGUCUUUUCUGUUUUUAAACUAGUGUUAACUUUCCCUCCAGGACACUAAAAUUUGAGUGUUUAUUCCAAUACAGUAUUUUCUACCUUUUCUGAUUUGUGGACCUCUCUAGAUUUUUUUUUUUCCAAGUUGAAUUGAGAUCCCUUUGAAAUCUAUGUACUUAGCUUGCUGCAGAGCAUGUAUAAACUUGCUUUCUGUAGACACCUUGAGGGCUCACAAAUGAGAGGCUGAAAAACAGUUCAUAAAUUAUUUUGUCUUGCAAGACUAUAUGUGAUGUCACAUAAUGUAAAUGACUCAUAAGAAGGACAGUAUAAAAUUCAGUAUAUUUUUGGAAGGGGACUUAUUUCACUUUUUUAAGUCAUUAACUUAAGAUAUCUCCCAAAUGUUGAAAGAUGGUAAAAUGAACUGAAGUGUUAACUUGUCUGAUGGAAAUAAAGACCACUACUGUUUUGACAGUU